GCUCUUUGCAAAUCUAGCACGUUUUGGAGAAUUUGUUUGCAGCAUUUACAUAAAUCCUUAAUAUUAACAGCGAUCAGCAAUAAGUCUUUAAUUUACGAUUAAAAGCAGUUAGUUUAGAUAAUUAGAAGCAAAAAAUAAAUACACUAAUUUCUCUGUUUUUAUUAUGAGUCAAUCUCUAUCCUGGAUUACGUAUUAACUAAUGGAUAGAAUACUGGUAAAAGAAGCUUAUCUUACAUUAUGUCAUCUAAUGCAAGCGUGAGUCAUAACAAUCAAAACAAUAAUUCGUCUUUUGAUCAUGCUAAUGGAUAUAUGUCAAUAAUUCAAGAGGUUAAAUCAAAACCAAUAGAUUGUGGAGUUUGCGGUGAUAAAAGCUCAGGAAAACAUUAUGGAGUUUACACUUGCGAAGGCUGCAAAAGUUUUUUCAAACGAAGCAUUAGACGAAACUUAGCUUAUACUUGCAGAGCCUUUCAAAACUGUUCCAUUGACUUAAAUCACAGAAACCAAUGUCAAUAUUGCCGAUUGAAAAAAUGCGUCAAAGUUGGAAUGAGAAAAGACGCAGUUCAGAAGGGAAGACUACCCAAGUCACCACUAGAAGGUUCUAUGGUUGAUCAGUUUAUUGCUAUGAAUAAUAAUGUCAGCCAUUAUAAUGGAUUACAUCAGAUUGCAAAUUAUUCUAACGUUUUAUCUGCAAGAUUGCAGCAACAACAGCAAAAUCAAUACUUAAGUCAAAACAACUUGUUUGGUGGGGAUAGUAUCUAUGAGAUGGCUACUAGGUUACUUUUUAAUGCUGUUGAGUGGGCAAGGAAUGUACCUUUCUUUUCAGCUCUUCCAACAUCUGAUCAAAUUGCACUAUUAAAGUCUUCAUGGAGUGAGCUUUAUAUUCUCAGCACAUCUCAACAUUGCAUUGCAUUUCAAAUUAAUGCUAGAGCUUUAACUUCAGAACAAAAUCUAAGUGAAAUAAAAAAACGAAGUGAAGGAGCAAAUGAAGCAUCAGUGAAAAUGUUUGAAGAACUUGUUGAAAGAUUCAAAAAUCUGCAAACUGAUGCUGCUGAAUUUUCAUGUCUGAAAGCUUUGGUACUGUUUAACCCAGAUUCUCCUGGAUUAGGUAAUCCAUCACUUAUAGAAAAUCUCCAGGAGAAAGCGCAAUCAGCUCUUGAAGAUUAUUUGCGUCAACAAAAUGCAACACAGAGUUAUCAUAAUAGAUUUGGAAAACUUUUACUUCGUUUACCUGCGUUAAGUUUAAUUAGACCAGCUACUAUUGAAGCAUUAUUUUUUCCUCGUCACCAUGGAAGUCAAAAUAUUGAUAGUCUUGUUGGAUCAAUGUUAUUGUAUGGUUUAGGUUCCAAUAAUAAUACAUCUUUUGUUAACAAUGGAAUUCCUGCUGUUGGUCUUAAUGGAGGUUCAAAUGGAUCAAUAUUAAACAUGACCGGAUUAGCUGGACAUGUUACUUCAGGGUUUAUAAAUAAUGCAAAUUUAGCUUUUUCAAAUGCUAACAAUUUAAGUUCAUUACAAAUGCCAAUACAAGAUAAUAUACAGAAUCUUUGUAAUCCUAAUAUGUUCUCUGCAACAGGUAUCAAUCCUGUCAAUGGCUUAAAUGCAUCAAAUGGGUAUGGUCAUCAUGUAAUAAACAAUAUGAUGAAUCAGCAUUCUGUAGCCAAUCGAAACUCUCAAAAUAACUCAUGUGUGCAAAGCAUGCAACAAAAUGUCCAAAUGCAUUUAAGUCCAACCACAAGACACCAUAUUAAGAUUGAGCCUCCUCUUAGGUGAUACAAUGAUGUGCCAUAAAUUUAAUAAUAAUAUUUUUAAUUUUUAAUAAUAUUAGUUAUUUAUAAUAGUUAUGUUAUGAUAUAUGAUGCAUGUUUUAAAAUUAUUUUUUUAGAAAAAAAAAUUUUUAAUUUUGUUCACUGUUUGUACUGUAAACUUUGUUUGUAUAGAAUUUUAAAAAGAUGCACAAGCUGAAACGUUAACAUAAAAUUUGUUUGUAAAUUUUAUGAAUAAACUUAAGGUGUAAAGGUGCAAGGUGCAAAAGUGUAACAAUAAUAUAUUUUCUAUUAUAAAAUUUUGUUUACGAAGUAUUUAUUACGUAUUUUGUACAAUUUAUGUUGUCUGAAAUAAAGAUAUUUUUUAAAUUGUAAAGUGUUCCCCUUAAAUCCCCUUUUAUAUGUCUCCCUUAUAUCAGUGUUUUUUGGCGCUUCCUUAAAUUAAAAAUCUUUUUUUUUUUUUUUUUUUUUUUUUUUGUUAUUUGUUUGAAUUCAAGUUCUAUUUUCUUUAAAGGUAUAUUUAUGGUAUUCGUUAUUAUUUAACUGUUUAAGUAGCUAUCCAACUAUCCAAUGGGUACUGACGUCUUAUAAACCUUUCGUAAUCUGCCGAGUUGUGUUUUUAUUUAUAUUGUGUAAACUCUAAAGUGUUAUUUUUAUAUUGUUAUUUCCAUUGUGUUAUUUAUAAUGUUGCUGAAUGAUGUAAAAAGUAAAUAAGUUUUUUUCAAAUGUAAUAAAUUAUAAAUGUAAAAUUUUUCCGUUGAAUGUCAUGUAAUAUUAUUUAUCAUGUAAUUAUUAGUGUCAUGUCAAUAUCGAUAAUAUUAUACAUAA